GUUUCCGGGUCACGCUCCAGCUUCAGCUUGAACUGAAAUCGGUUCGAUUUCACUGUCAGAUAAAUCACCGCAGUGAAAAAGCAGAAUUUGUGGAAGUGCUAAACCAGCUUUUGACAGAAGUAGCCUCUUCUCCAGGCACAGAAUGAAUUAAUUAGUCCAAACAAAGAAAAGACUCUUUAAGUUAAAAAAUCAGUUGGGAGUUUGAAAAAGCAGGGAAACAUAUCUUUCUCUUCCUGUCUAUUAAUAAAAACAAGGAGAGGGGGAGGGGGACAAGAGCUAUUAGUUUUAAAAGUUUGAAGGACAGCCUAAGUAAUUUAGGAUACUGUUUCAUUUUCAAGAGACUUAGGCAUCUAGGAACUUAAGCUCAAGGAACUUUCAAUUAGGCCAGUGGUUUUCAAAUUAUGGUCCAUGGACCCCCUGGGGUCUGCCGACUAUGUCUAAGAUUCCCAAAGGGUUCUGCAUCUCCAUUCAAAAAUUCUUAGGGGUUCGCAAACGAAAAAAAAUGCCUGUUAGGGCGUUUGUCCUUACCUCAUAUAUAAGGAGCAGUCACUUACUCAGAAGUGUGAGAGGUGUAAUUACAUCAUGUUGUCUUCUUCCAAGCAUGACCUCUUCCUCAAAUCAGACAAGAAUACCUGUGUAUGUUAGUUAUGGAUUAAAACUUACAUUUGUUCGAAAUCCAGGGCGUACUAUAUUCAGUCCUGGACCAAUGCCAGAAAACACAGCUACAGAGAAAAGGGUUUAACCUCAUUUUUUUCCUGUAAGCUGUUCACCAUCACAAUGAGACUGGUAAUUCUUGAUGACUAUGAUUUGGCAAGUGAAUGGGCAGCAAAGUACAUUUGUAAUCGUAUUAUCCAAUUCAAACCAAGUCAGGGAAGAUAUUUUACGCUUGGCUUACCAACAGGGAGCACACCUUUCGGAUGCUACAAAAAACUGAUAGAAUAUCACAAGAAUGGAGAUCUUUCUUUUAAAUAUGUAAAGACUUUCAAUAUGGAUGAAUAUGUAGGGCUUCCAAGAAAUCAUCCAGAGAGUUACCAUUCUUAUAUGUGGAACAAUUUCUUUAAGCAUAUUGACAUAGAUCCUAAUAAUGCUCACAUCCUUGACGGGAAUGCUCUAGACCUACAGGCAGAGUGUGAUGCAUUUGAAAAAAAAAUUGAAGAAGCUGGGGGAAUUGAUCUGUUUGUUGGAGGCAUUGGUCCAGAUGGCCACAUUGCUUUCAAUGAACCAGGAUCAAGUUUGGCUUCAAGAACAAGGUUAAAGACUUUAGCAAUGGAUACCAUUUUGGCAAAUGCUAAAUACUUUGAUGGAGACUUAUCUAAAGUGCCAACUAUGGCACUAACUGUUGGUGUCGGUACAGUGAUGGAUGCUAGAGAAGUUAUGAUUCUCAUAACAGGUGCCCAUAAAGCUUUUGCUUUGUACAAGGCAAUUGAAGAGGGGGUCAAUCAUAUGUGGACAGUUUCUGCUUUCCAGCAGCACCCUCGCACUAUCUUCGUAUGUGAUGAAGAUGCUACUUUAGAACUAAGAGUUAAAACUGUGAAAUACUUCAAAGGUUUAAUGCAUGUUCACAAUAAACUUGUGGACCCGCUGUACAGUAUGAAAGAAGAAAACUGAAGGAGGAAUUGAAGAACUCCAUGUGGGUAAACAGCAACAUUUUUAGGUAGCAGACAAAGUUACUGCUAUGUAAUAUGCUGAAACUGGUUAAAAUGGGAAAUCUUAAGUACUGUAUUUUUUAAAAAAUCCAGUAUCUAUACAUUUACAUUCCAUCUCUAGACAUUGUUGUAUUGUGCAUUUUGUUUUAAUAUUUUGUAGAUGUGACUUCAUUGGCUGCCACAGUAAGUAAACAAGAACAGAGUAAAUAUAAAUGGCAGUUAUAUAUUAUGAGAAACAAAAACAGAAGUGUAUUCUUAGCACAGCAAUGUACUGUUUGACUGUGUGGGAGAAAAUUAUACUUUAGCUUAAGCAAAAUUCCAUGGCUCCACCAGUGCAAAAUACACUUCUAAUUUUUUUGUGUCUCAAUUUAGGCAAAAUGCUUUAGGGCUUUCACAUGUCAAACAUUAUGGACUUGAACAGAUGCACAACUUUGGUUAUGAAGUGCUCUGUUUAUAUCUAAUACACAUUGAACUCUUGCACUUUGGUUGCCUUAAAUUAAUCUUAUACCAAUAGCUUCUGGGCAUUUAAGUCCUACUGUACAAUACUCAGGCAAAUAAAAGUAUGAAAACUGCCUAAAAAUGUAGAGGACCCUGUCAAACAAUUACAAUAAUUUAUUCUUCAAUUAUGUGCAUAUUAUAUUUCUGCCAUAGCACUUUUGUUACAUGUUUCAAGUUUAUUUAGGAAUUUUGUAUUUUGGUAAUUAUGAACUCUACAGAUAAUGAAUACAUUCAGUAUGUUCCUUUUUUGGAGAUGAAUAGCCUAGUUACAUUAAUUAUGUUGUGAUCCAAUCAUUGUAAAAGGAGGUUAAUUACAGUAAGAAUGCCUAAAAAUCCAGAUGGCUAGUAUUGAAACAAGUCUGACUGUAAGCAGAACCACUUUGCAUUGGAAAUUGCCAUAAAUGUUAAACUGUUACUAAGAAUGCCACUCUUUUCUACCGUUACUCCAAGUAAAGCUUAAAUUCACUAAAACCUUACCAUGUUUGUUUUGUUUUUGAUGUGAACUGUAGUCUGAGAAUAAACAUUUCAGGUUUCAAAAACAGGUUUAGUGAAAGGGUAGCGUGCCUUUCUCUUGGUAUCGGCAAAGCUAACUUAUUGUGCCAGACUAGCUCCUUUAUACCAGCAGUAAAUUCCCUUUUAAAAUAUCCACUGAAAGAGAUGGGCUGGAUAUGAUUGUAUGUUCCUCUUCAUCUAUUGUAAUAUUUAAAAAGUCUUGGCUUUGAAAAUAGUAAUUUUCUACAAAGGAAAAACUGAAAUCCAUUCUUUAGCCAUAAAUGUAGAUUUAUAGUUGCACAGACUUCGAGCAGUCUACCAACUUCUUGUUAACUAUAGUUUUAUAUAGAAACUAAAU